AUGGAGAUAAUGCUCUCUCCUACCGGCACCUACUCCAGCACGGCUGUGCCACUGGAAGAUCCACACCCCGAGGUUGAGCUGGCUCCCCCACACCAGUUUGAGCCAAUCGUUAUACCUCGUCAAAUGUCUCCUUUGUCCUCUCCUCCUACUCCAGAAAUCACCCGGUUACCCUCCGUCCGUUCCAAACUUGGUCACAGAGCCAGAGCAGAUAGCGUUGCGACUGAUGCUUGUGCCAAACGCGAAUCCUAUAACCUGACUGGCACGACAUUUCUCAUCACCAAUGAUGGAAGGACUUUGAAGCUACCAGUUGCUUCAGAAAGCAAUGCUGACCCUCUCAACUGGAGCGACCUAAAGACUGCCGGGGCUUUUUUUGCCAUCGUUUUUUACUCCGCUGUCUGUUUGACCGCUGCCCAGGCGCCAGCUGUGAUGUUGGACAGCAUCCAGAACACUUUCAAACAUGAGAACAUAGCGCCAUGGCUGAUCAAAGCCCUCGUUACCGGCCCUCCUCUUUUCAUGGGUAUUGGAUGUUUUGUUUGGGUGCCACUCUCCAUCGGCUUAGGCCGUCGACCAACAGUCUUGAUCGCCACCAUGAUUGUGCUGAUUGCUACACUCGGGGCAUCUCAGGCACGAUCUUUCGCUCAACUAGUCGUUGCCUCUUGUUUUAUCGGUCUUAGUGAAGGAGUGGGUCUUUGUCUGGCAUUCCUCGUCGUCAUUGAUCUGACCUACAUCAACCAGAGGCCGCGAGCAAUUUCGUUCAUGUGGUGCGUCGCAGGCUGUUUCGGCACAUCGGGCGUUGCACUGGCUCCAGUCAUCGCAAAUCACGGACGGGAUUGGCGCCAGUUCUACUAUUUCUGGACUAUACCUGUUGUCCUCUCACUUAUCGUUACCUUCGCGCUCUACCCCGAGACGUACUUCAAGCGACCAACAGUAGCCUUCAACGGCCUCAUACUGAUGCAAAGUGCGACCGAGAAACUAACAAUCUACCAAGACCGCGAGGUUGACUCAAGCAUCUAUCGCGAUCUUCCCGAAUACCCAGUCCGUAAAGGGUUCGCCGGUUUCCGUGAUCGCGUUGGUCUCUCACGAUCCCCCUUUGCAUCGUGGAGUUCGGCAGGUCGCUGCUAUCUCCAGAUGGCUUAUUGUGCAUGCAAUCCCCUACUCUUCUGGGUCUUUGUCGCAUCCGGCUUCAACUCAGCAAGCAUGAUAUUCAUUGGCGCAACAAACAGUCGCAUACUCACCUCUCCUCCUUACAAUCUGUCGCCUGAGGUUGUCGGUACGGUUUAUGCCGCAUCUGGGGUGGGAGCACUGAUUGGACUUCCUGUGUGUUGGAUCGUUAUCUGCAAUGGUCUCAAGCGACUCUCACAGCGCAAUCACGGUGUCCUGGAGGCCGAGCACUACCUCAUCGCCUAUGUCCUGCCAAUCAUCGUCGGCGCUUUGAGCUCUCUCGUUUAUGGUCUUGCCGUCAAGUUCCAAUGGCAUUGGAUGUUUCUCUACCUGGCCUAUGGAGGUCACGGCUUCUCUCUCGUUACUUUAAUGACUGCAAACACACUUUGGGUUGCGGAAGCUUUCCCGCGGUGGGCCGCUCCGGCGCUUGCUGUGGUUAUUGGAGGCUGUUAUUUCAUCUCUUUUGCAUUGAGCUUUGCUCUUAUCCCUUGGGUUGAGGCCCAUGGCUAUCUAUGGGUUGGUGUUGAACUCAUGAUUUUCCAGAUUCUCGGUGGGCUGGUUGCGCUGCCUGUCGCAUUUUGGGGCAAGGGUAUGCGACAAGCUAUUGCAGGGAGAUGGUCCGAAGACCGCAGUGGGGCCUUGCGUCCACUCUGA